UGAUACGAACCACAAAAUAGUCAAAAUGUUGAGGGCCGUUGUUGUGUUGUGCGUUGUCGGAUUGGCGGCCGCUUCCCCAGUGUUGGUGAGGACUGAUGAAGAAGUACAGGCCUUCAGAGACUUUCUCGAGAGCACCAAGUCUGAUGAUGCAAGCCAGUUCAUGGCGAGAAGUCGGGCCUCGCCGUCUGACAAUGCAGAAGAGAACAGCGGCAAGUACCAGGGGGACAUUGUCCUAGAUGAUGUCACCAUCGAAUCUAUGGUGAAGGAAUAUGCAAUGGGUAGGAACGCCUAUGUCUACCCUGGUACCAAGUGGCCAGAGAACACCGUCGUUUGGGAGUACGCAGAAGAUCAGUUCGAUGACAUCCAUAAAGCAGCGAUUGAGGAUGGCAUCAAACACAUUGAGAACAGUACCUGCAUCAAGUUCCGCUACCGCCAGCCGGAGGAUACCAACUAUGUCUCCCUAACCGGUCUUCCCAACGGUUGUUACGCACAUGUCGGCUACUGGGAGGAACGUGGAGUGCACACCAUGAACUUAGCACUUAACACGCCCGGCGUCGGCUGCUUCAGGCAUGGCACCAUAGUGCACGAGUUCAUGCACAUCAUCGGCUUCUUCCACAUGCAGUCCACGCAUGACAGAGAUGACUAUGUACAUAUCGCUACGGAGAAUAUUAUUUCUGGCAUGGAACACAACUUCGAUAUCUACACAUCAGAGCUGGUGAACAACCUGGACAUCGAGUACGACUACGUGAGCUGUCUGCACUACGGCCCGCGUGCAUUCAGCGCCAAUGGCGAAGACACUAUUAUUCCAUUAAGGGAACACGAGGGUGUGAUGGGCCAGCGUGUAUAUAUCACGGACAAGGAUUGGUUGCGCAUUAACAGACAUUAUAACUGCCAAGGAGCUUGGAACUAAAGAAUAAGACUUUAUGCAAUACGAGUAUAUUAAAUAUUAUAAUUUUAUUUAAA